UACCAGAUUCCUUCUCAAAGAUCAUUUGACAGACUUCAGCUUCUUGGAUCCACUGAUAAAUCAGUCCAAUCUGCUUCCAACAUGAGUGGACAGGGCUGUCAACUCCUGGUGUCCCCAUCAUUGAGCAUGAUCAGAGGACACCAGUCCCAGUCCAUCAGGAUGCCCAUGACUUCCCCCCAGCGGGCCAGUUUCAGUCCCUCCUCAGGUAUAGAGAAAAUGAAAAAAAGUGCGAUCCACUCCUUUACAUCUGGAAAACAAGGUGGAAGCCAUGUUGUUCUGCCUGCCCUGAGCCUCCAUAGACACGUAUUGACCAAUGGGAAACAUCCGAACGAGCAGACUGUGUCCCCACAACAAGGGCAUGCUCAUCAUCCUCCAACCACUACAGUGACCUCCACCAUACAGACAGGACCCUGCUCCUUUAAAAACAGCUUCAAAGGUAAAAACAAAGCAGGUUGCUCUAUGUCUCGGCCAUCUAUGGAAGUUUUUGGUCAGCCAGCAGCUGCUAACCUGACCGUGACCAGCAGUCCUUGUCUGUUGCCCCUGCAGCGGUAUACUGCAGAUCUUCCAUCACAUCCACAUGGUGCGCAGAUUCCCAUCACUGAAGCCAGAUCCUUACUGUCCAGAGAAUCUCUGGCAUCCACCACCCUCAGUCUGUUCGAGACACAGUCAGUGUUCAGCGGUAGACAUGACUGGCCGUAUGGCUACCGUGUGCUCCCUCCAGUAAGUCUACCACCGGCCAGCGAGAGAGGUGAGCAAAUCAGCCUCUCCCCUGGCACGGCCAUGUCUGGCACCACUGUAUCGGGAGGCACCAGCACCUCGGCCUCCCUGCCCUCGUACCUCUUUUCAUGUGACGCUGGAAGCCCCAGACAGUCUCGAGCGAAGAAGAGAGCUCUCUCUAUAUCCCCAUUGUCGGACGUAAUGGGUACUGAUUUCACCUCCAUCAUACGCACCUCACCCACCUCCCUCGUUGCUUAUAUCAAUGGUUCCCGCAGCUCUCCCGCCUCCCACCCCACUCUUUCACCUGUCCAGUCUGAAGGUUAUGGUCACUUCCUGGGUGUUAGAGGCAGCUGCAUCCCCCAGACUCAUCCCUACAGCAUGCCCAUUUCCUCACAGGCUCUGGCCCCACACAGAGAUGGUGGUUGUCUGCAGAUGCUUGAAGAGGGAGGGGGUCUGGAGAGCCAGAUGGCUAACAUGGUGGUGGAGCAGCAGUGCCUCCCAGAGGAAGGAGGGGCAGUGGUGAAGGCUUCAGAAAGCUGCAGCCAAACCACCAACAACCUGCUGCCAUCUCUCGAACUACAACCAGCCAUGUUGACGACUAUCCAAGAAGCCGCAACUCCACAAGGGCCUCCACCUCCCUACCACUCGCACCACCAGCACAUCCACCUCACCAGACGUCACUGCAAAUUAAAGCUACCUUCUCAGGACCCUCUCACACACGCUCUCGUGGUUCCUCCCAGGCAUGGCGUCAGCUUUUUACCCCAGGUGCCUAUGCUAGAGGAAGAAGAAGGAGAGCUCGAGGACUAUGGGGCGCUCUGCUGCAGGUGGUUGAACUGCAAUAAAGUCUAUGAGCAAAAGGAGGAGCUGGUGAGGCACAUAGAGAAACUACAUGUGGACCAGAGGAAGGCUGAAGACUUCACGUGCUACUGGGUGGGCUGUCCACGCAACCUCAAGCCGUUCAACGCUCGAUACAAGCUUCUUAUCCACAUGAGGGUCCAUUCAGGAGAGAAACCAAACAAGUGCACGUUCGAGGGCUGCAAAAAGGCUUUCUCGCGGCUAGAAAAUCUGAAGAUCCAUCUGCGCAGCCACACGGGGGAAAAACCCUACGUGUGUCAGCACCCAGGAUGUCACAAGGCCUUCAGCAACUCAAGUGACAGAGCCAAACACCAGCGAACACACUUGGAAACAAAGCCAUAUACAUGUCAGGUGCCUGGCUGUGCAAAGCGGUAUACUGAUCCCAGCUCCCUGAGGAAGCACAUCAAAUCCCACUCAACUAAAGAACGUCAGCUACGGAAGAAGAUAAAAUCGACAGCUGAUGUGACUCAGGACACGCUGACAGACUGUUUAACCAUCCACCCGCUACAACCAAGCCUUUCUCCUCUGGCAAGGAUCGACAACAACUUGAACUCUUCCCCUGGUGCAUCCCACGAGUCUUUCUCUGCUACUCCACAGGAUCAAGACUCCUCCAACAAUCCUCACCUGGCUCUGCUGUGCUCCCUACAAGAUAAUUACAGGUGUGUUGAUCCUUCCCCUCACCAGCUAUUCUCCAGGGACCAGUGUGGGCCUUGCUCUUCCACCUGCCACCCCCAUCCUCCCAAUGGGACAUCCCUGCAGAACAACUGCAAUCUAAAGCACCCCAGGCAGCCUGCUGGUCUAACAGAUCACAACCCAGAGCUCUCCAUGAGAAUAAGUUUGCUGUAUUCUACUCCACAAUAUGCUGGGAUCACAGCGCAGGCAAGCUCAACUCACCUAAUACAAGACGAUGCCUUUGGUAGCAGCCUCGCUCCAGCAGUCAAUAAUCCCAAUGGGGUGGCUGCUUUACCCUCAGCUCUUUCCUGUAAUACAGGAUUUGACGUCCACUGCCAAGUACAGGGUGUAACUCCUGAUGAAGAGGUUCAUGCAGAGGAUUUCUUCAGUGUGGUGGACCACAGCAAAAGCCAGCUCUCCUGCAUCUAUACGGAGUGAUAAUCAUCAACUGCUGUUCCUUUGCACUGUUUGAAGUUUUAAGUCAAAUGAUUAAUCGAAGUUAUAUUUUAGAUUAUACUGCAGCAUAUAGGCAGUUGUAUUAAAACCAUCUAAAAAGGAUGAUACUUUUCAAGCUAAAGCCUUUUUUCCCACCAAAAGUGCCAAGAACGUCUAGCCCUUGUGUCAUAGUAAACAACAAUCAACGCCACAUCUCGGACGCCUCACGACCUCCCGUCAGAAAGUGUUGCAUGUUUGAUUUUUUUUCCUGCCUUCUACGAUGUUUUCCAAUGUCCACACCAAAAAAGAAUGAUGGAGUUGGUGCUUCGAGAUGGAACUAUGAGAAGCUUGUCGAGCUCUGGCAACAACAUUUUUUCCGUUUUUGUUUACAGUUGGUCGUGCUGAUGGGUCGCUUACCACCGUGUGGCCUGUGAUUUUUGUCGGUCAAGUCAUGGCACUGUGAUCACCUAAUCUGGCACAGUGACCAUGGUAACAGACAAUAAGGUUGCGUAGUCUGAAAACGUAAAGAUUAGGCAAAUUCGUUUACUGAAGUAAGAAGAAAAGGAAAUUGAAGUUGGUCCUUAAGAAUUUAAAAGACACAAAAGUAAGACUGCUUAUAAGAUACAAAAAGCUUUAGGGUGUGACCGACACUGAAUGAACACAGAAUUGGAUACGCCAAUAUUUAAGACUAAUUCAUGGGAAAGAGAAUGUCAACAGAAGAAUCAGUUAAAUAUGAGGUCUCAGUAGUCUGAUUUGAGGAGGCUCUACUGUUUCCUUUGCCAUGGAAUCAGGACCAACAAUAGAGUCUUGAGAUUAUUUAUUUAGCGGAAGAAAUACAACAAUCUUUAAAUUCAAAUAAGUGACCUUGUUUUCAUAAUGGCAACUCGCAACAGGGUGCAGGACCCCCAACUCAAAGCAGGGGGGGAUCCUGUAACUCACAGAAACUUCAUCAGAGUUGUAAAUACCUAAGUAUGGUAUGGUGAAAAUUAAGACAGUUAAAAUACUUGCUACUCUGCCAGUUCUCAGGAUGCUAAGAGUUCUCGACUGAUCACAAACA